CUAAACUCUGGACAUAAACCCUGCGGCAGCCGUUUAGUGGAGGAGAAGAAAAAGGGUUUUAGGAUAUUUAGUUAGGUUUUGUUUGAAAGUGUUAUGGAGGCCAGUUUAGGGGAAAUUCCCUUUGGCAUCGACUUUCAUCCUUCAAAAGAACUUGUCGCUGUUUCUCUCAUCACCGGAGAUCUUCAUCUAUACAAAUAUAAUACAGAUGAUUCCUCGCUACAAAGAUGCUUGGACUUACAUGCUCAUGCUGAGUCCUGUAGAACAGUUCGGUUUAUCAAUGGCGGACAAGCUGUGGCUACGGGUUCAAAAGAUUGUUCUAUUCUAGCCACGGAUGUUGAAACCGGAUCAGUAAUUGCUCGUCUUGAAAAUGCUCAUGAGAAUGCCAUCAAUAGUUUAAUCAAUCUUACAGAAUCAACUGUUGCCACUGGAGACGAUGAAGGCUGUAUUAAGGUAUGGGAUACCCGACAACGAUCAUGCUCUGGCUCCAUUAAUGCUCAUGAAGACUACAUUUCAGAUAUGAAUUUUGUAUCUGAUUCCAUGAAAUUGCUAACAACAAGUGGAGAUGGGACUCUAUCUGUUUGCAAUCUUCGAACUUACAAAGUUCAGACACGCUCUGAAUUCUCUGAAGACGAACUUAGUUCUGUUGUUGUUAUGAAGAAUGGUCGGAAAGUUAUUUGUGGAUCACAAGGUGGAACUUUGCUAUUAUAUUCGUGGGGAUUUUUUAAGGACUGCAGUGAUCGUUUUGUUGAUCUUUCUCCAAAUUCUGUGGAGGCUAUGUUGAAGCUUGAUGAAGAUAGACUCAUUACAGGAUCUGAGAAUGGACUCAUCAGCCUAGUAGGCAUAUUACCUAACAGAAUCAUACAACCAAUUGCAGAGCAUUCAGAAUAUCCAGUUGAGGGCCUUGCUUUUUCUCAUGAUAGAAGAUUUCUUGGCAGUAUAUCACAUGAUCAGAUGUUGAAGCUGUGGGAUCUCAAUGAGAUAUUGCAAGGUUCCGAAAAUGCUGCAAAAGGUCAAGAUGCCAGUUCAGACAGUGAUAGUGAUGGGAUGGACGUGGAUGAUAAUCCUUCUCAUUCUAAGAAAGGGACCAAAACAAAAAAUGCAAAUAAAGGAGGACCUGGGUUUAGCGGUUCAAACAACUUUUUCGCAGAUCUUUAAGGUGGGGUUUGGUUUCUCUUGUCUCAAUGUUCAAUUUUGGUUGGGGACGUUAGGUGGACACGUGAAAAUGGUUUACUGGUGAUGACUAAUAUGAUUAACUUUAUGGAAUUUGCUUUCCAUGUAUUUACUAAAGAGUGAUGUUUUUCUUAUUUAUUGCUACUGUACAAUCAUUGCAAACCAAAGUCUCUAUUUUGAA